AGCCGCUCGGCUUCCCGCAGCGCCUGGGCCCUGCUGCUCGCUCGCUCCCUCCCUCCCCCGCUGUCACCGCCGCCAUGUCCCGCUACCUGCGUCCCCCCAACACUUCGCUCUUCGUGCGGAAUGUGGCCGACGACACCCGGUCUGAAGACUUGCGCCGUGAAUUUGGUCGUUACGGACCUAUAGUUGAUGUAUACGUUCCACUUGACUUCUACACUCGGCGUCCCAGAGGAUUUGCUUAUGUUCAAUUUGAAGAUGUCCGUGAUGCAGAAGAUGCUCUCCAUAAUUUGGAUCGAAAAUGGAUUUGUGGUCGGCAAAUAGAAAUCCAGUUUGCACAGGGGGAUCGAAAGACACCCAAUCAAAUGAAAGCCAAGGAAGGGAGAAACCUGUACAGUUCCUCUCGUUACGAUGACUAUGACAGAUACAGGCGGUCUAGAAGCCGGAGUUACGAAAGGAGACGCUCUAGAAGUCGCUCCUUUGAUUACAGCUAUAGACGAUCUUAUAGUCCCAGAAACAGUAGACCUACCGGAAGACCUCGUCGUAGCAGAAGCCAUUCGGACAAUGAUAGGUUCAAACACCGCAAUCGAUCUUUUUCAAGAUCUAAGUCCAAUUCAAGAUCACGAUCCAAGUCACAGCCCAAGAAAGAAAUGAAGGCUAAAUCACGGUCUAGGUCUGCAUCUCACACCAAAUCUAGAGGCACCUCUAAAACAGAUUCUAAAACACACUAUAAGUCCAGCUCAAGAUAUGAAAAGGAAUCGAGAAAAAAAGAACCAGCUAGAUCCAAAUCACAGUCAAGAUCACAUUCUAGAUCUAGGUCAAAAUCCAGAUCACGGUCGUGGACUAGUCCCAAGUCCAGUGGCCACUAACAGCGUAUCCAUGUUGUUUUUAGGCAUGUAAGAUCCAUUUACACACAGUUCAGUUUACUUAAAUUAUCAGGAAUAUGAUGUUGCAACAGUGCUCAAAAAUAUUUUCUUUGUCAGUUUUCCCUGUAGCCAACAAUGGUUAAAAUUAAAACAGUGUUGAGAAGCCACAGAGAGAGAGAGAGAGAAAAAGAGAGAGAGAGAGAAUGUCCACUUGGUUACAUGUCAUGGGCAGCUACUGAUUUGG